GCUGCGCAGAAGUGAAAAUUGCAUUGCGUCGAUACAACACACAAAACGAACAAUGCAGUAUCUAAACGCAUCUCUUAUAACUAGUUUAAAAAAUUAGACAAUUUUAGUUGUUACUGAAGUGAAAAGUGUGUGGCGAUUUGUAAAAUGUGAUAUUUAUUUGAUCAAUGGUGUAGUGCCGAUAUAGCAACAACACAGUCCAAUGCAUUAAUAGAACUAUCACAUCCUUUGUGCUUUAGACUUCAAGGCGAGCACCUCACCGAGCACCGCUUCACGGCAUAUAUUUGGAGAUGGCGAACCAAUUCGACUACCUUGCAGAAUGCUCAUGGUGCAAUCGGGCGUUCAACGAGACGGAGAGGUUGCCGAAGGUGCUGCCGUGUCAACACUACUUCUGUCUGUCGUGUUUGCGCGGCGAGGCUGAUCCAGACGUCUUCUGCUCGUACUGCUGCACGCGCACCGCGCUGCCCGUGGGGCCAGCCGCUCUGCCCACACUCGCGCCCGCGCUAGGUGUAGUUCGCGGUCGCACGCCCGCGCCCCUCUGUGGCAUCCACAACCUGCCCGUACUCUGGUGCACCGCAUGCCGCGUUCUAGCCUGCCUCUCUUGCGACCACGCUCACCACGCUUACGCCAUGCGAUCUCUACACGAAGCUCAAACCCUCCUCGAACGAGAGACUCGCUUCUUUCAAUGCGAUAUAAAUAAACUCAUUAUCAAAAAGCGGGAUUUUUUACUGCGAGUUCGAGAUGCGACUACAGAUCUCCAAGGACGCAUCGAGGCGGAACUCUGCACUUUGCAUCCUGCUCCAUACGCCGGGUCCGUCGCUGAUUUCGAGUAUCACUCAUUAGCAGCUGCUACCGCUGAGUGUGAACGGCUACGUAAAAGCCAUGCCGACCUAGCAUGGCAAUGUCGUACAUACGACAUAAUCUCUAGCUCAACUGUCCUUCUCGAUUUAGAUAUGUUCCAGCGAAACCUCUGCGAAAUAAACUCGAUGAAUUCUCUGGAGGAACGCCACGAUCCUUUAUUGUUUUUGGCUAAUCAUUUGACGGCACAGCUUUUUCUACGAGACUGCAUGAUAAAUCGUUGUCAAGUUCUAGAAUUUUCAAACACCCCAGGGCUAGACGGAGAAGCAGUUACAGAAAGUCGAUCAACAGCACCCUUGUAUUAUGCAGUUGGUUCACCGUUGCUCCGCAAUCCAUCUACAUAUCCACUAUUUGUUUUUAAUAUCGACGUAAACAGUGCACCUUUUGGGCGAUUUGUGAUAGAAGUGCGUGAUGAUGUGGCCCCUCUGAUGGCACAAAACUUCGCCGUCCUGUGCACGGGAGAACUGGGUUUCGGCUAUAAGGGUUGUAAAAUAUUUCAAUGUUGGGAAAAUCAGAGUGUAAUAACUGGAGAUUAUCAAAUGAACAAUGGCCGUGGAGGACGGUCGAUCUAUGAGGAAUUUUUUUUUAUGCCCGACAACACCAAGAUGGUAGCUAUCCGAGGAGCUGUUGGUAUGCGACGAGCGCAGAAACGUUACGACAAUUCAUGUCAAGUUGGAUCACAGUUUCGAAUUGUAUUGCAAGAGAUGCGCUGUUUUACCGCCAUUUUUGGGUAUGUCGUAGAAGGUUUAGAAUUGAUAGAUCGUAUCAGCCAGUUAGGCGAUAGUGCCGGUAAGCCUCAAAGUACAAUUAUUAUUUCUAGUUGUGAGAAAAUCAACUAAGUAACUCAUCUACGCACUUUUUUAGUUUAUAAUUUUAGUUCUGAAGGUAUUGGUUUGAUUCUUUUUUUUUUUAUUGGAAUAGGAGGACAAACUAGCGUACGGGUCACCUGAUAUUAAUUAUUGUAUUAAUUAUUCACCUGAUUACGUUCAGUUGUAUCCAUUUAUCUUAUUCUUUAAGAAAUUUUUGCCCGACUAUUCGGAAUUUACAAAUGAAACAUAUUCAACAAGUCAGAUCAUAUCAAUGCCAUUAAUCCUUUUAAUAUUUUAAUGUAACUUUUUCACCUCUAAUCGUUGGACCAACCCCCCUCGUUUUAUCUAGAUUUUUUUAUCCCUACUGUAUAUUAUAAGCUAUUUUUGUAAGACAAAGUAUUUUUACGAUGUAAUUGAUUUUGAGCUUACGUAUAUAAUUUCGGUGUUCAGAAAAAUGUGUUUUGACAAUCAUGAUUGUAGCACGGUGAUAUCGUAUGUUGUGAAUGACGAAUAACGUAACAGGGAUAUUGUGCACUGACCAGCUCAAAACGCUGGUAAGCAAGCAGCCGUUUUGAUUAGUCUUAGAGUAAGGUUUAAGCUUAGCGUGCAAUGACGCAUAUUAUACUAUUUUAGGCCUAAACGUUAAUAGAUAACGAGGAAAUUUGUGCUUUGAAUGUAACUUGUACUGUCGCGUUUCACAGAUACGUUAUAAUAUAUGAUAGAUAUUUUGAUGUGAAUUAUUGAUGUUAAAUGUUUAGAAUAAUUUAUCUUUGCCGUUAGGAGAUUAUGAAAUAGGAUCGAAACGAACACGUUAAUUCAUCUGUCGCCGUUGUAAUAUUGUCGUCAAUUGUAGUUUUAUUAUGUAUUAUACAAACAAUCGUGUUACCUCUUAAAAUUGUAUUGAUGUUUUACGUGAAGAUUUAACUUCGAGCUCUAUUUAGGACUGUUUGAAAGGCUGUGAUGAUAAUGUAGGUUGGGAAGUAGAUUGCGAGGGCACAUAGUGCCCUCGGGGGGGUGAGUGCCUGCCUAGAAAUUAUAUUUACUAUAUAUCGUCGAACUUUCGUCUAAGCUUACUUGGAUUGACGGUAAUCUAUUGAACGAGAAUAAUUAUUUUUAUUAUAACCAACUCUUUUAGAUAAGAAGCAAAAUUGUUUAAAUAUUUAGUAGCUGUUUUAGUUAUAAUAUUUUUUCUAGGUAUAUGUUAAAUGAUGUAGAACUAAAAGAAAUGUUUGGCAAUUUGUAAACUUCGGCUAGAUUACCGGUAAUCUGAUUCGAUUUUCAUAACCCUACGCUAACGGCGGCCCAGGGUCGCCGCGACCGGUCUUUAGGACCAGCUGCUGAUUCCUAUUAAACCGUCUAAAAUUGCAAUUUAUUUUGCUUUAUCCAAAGUUGUACGGCGUUCUGUCAGCCGUCCCAACUCGUAGCAUUGAUGUUAUACUUCAUGUUAAUUAUAUUCGUAAAUAUAAUAAUUUAUAUGCGGAGUAAUUGUUCUAGCAUUAAGAUAUAGUUUAUGUGACGUAGCAUUGAUGUAAGAAUGUGUUUAUUAAAUAAGUGCGCGUACGUAUGAAUUAAUAUGUAGCGUGUAUACGUUCGUGAUAAAUAAAUAUGUGGUCGAA